CAUAAAGAAAUACGCGGAGAAAAAUGGACUGCAAAGUGCGUCGAUGUCUCUUUGGCCCGGUGGAUCACGAGCAGCUACACCGAGAUCUGAAGAUGAAUCUCCAUGAAUUAUUUCUGGAAGCCUGCCGGCGAUGGAACUUUGACUUCCAGACCGACGCUCCGCUUCCAGGGAUGUUUGAGUGGGAGAAAAUUUCCGGUGGCUGCACCGCCACGUUUUACCAAACCCAGCACGAGUGCAGCGCUCCCGUCUCGGCCGCCGAUGACCAAGACAUGGAGGGCUGGAGCGACCAGGAGAACCGACCCGGCUUCUCCAACUAUCCCGGCGAAGUAACGCCUGUCCGGGGGAAGAGGACUCGCCCCAAGUCCAAAGAAAAUGCACAAAUCACAGACCUUGCUGGAAAGAGGAGGACGUCUGCAGAAGGCAAACCCACAAACUUUUACUCUAAGCGCACCGAAGCAGCUUUGUGCAAAUCAAUAAGAUGAUCGGAUCACACUUCUGGUGGAAAGCUUCUAAAACUGACCAGAUAUUGAACCAGAUGCUUCUUUCACGUUAUUUCCUGUAUUUUCUUUUUUGGUCAAUUUCCUCACAUUUCUUGCACUUUAUUUUCGUUUUUUUUAAAUUUAAUGUGUGCAUUUUUCUUUUUGUGGUGAGCUUUAAAAGCAUUCAAACAUUUUGUUUGUUGAUAUGAUUUGUAUAAAAUAUUGAUAGUUUUAACUUGAUGACAUUAUUGUACAGUUUUGUUGCCUACUGAGGUGCAGAGCAAGUGAAGUAGCAGAUGCUUUUAAAUUUAAUAAACUGUUGCAUCUAAAAA